AUAUAUAUUAUGUCUUGGUUCUGGCUUUCUUGAUCUCUUUUGUUCUAAAAGUGUGUAACUGUGUAUUGCCUUUGAAUUUUCCUUCUUGUUCACUGCGACACCUUCGGUAUUUGGUAAUUCGUGAAGAAAUCUGCUGCUGAUACUUAAACUGCAGUUGUGCGUCUUAAUUUGUUCAGUGUGGAUUUUUGGAUCUCAAGCAAAAUCAGAUAUCAAAAUUUCCAUUUGUGCGUGUUCAUAUUGUUGAAGAAAACUUCCUUACUUUUUUGGCUGCUUGUGUGUGUCUCUUCAGUCUUAAUUAUCAACAAGUAUGGCAGUGGGAGAGAUUUUUCUUGGGGCGUUCCUUCAGGUGCUGCUCGACAGGUUGGGGCCUCGCGAGAUCCUCAACAACUUUGGUCUCGUAAAGGGCGUCGACAAAAAGCUGAAUAAAUGGAGUGACAAUUUGUCUGUAAUCGUAGCGGUACUGAAUGAUGCGGAGGAGAAGCAACUGACAGAUCAUGGUGUGAAAUUGUGGCUGGAUGAACUCAGAGACUUGGCUUAUGAUGUAGAAGACGUGCUGGACAAAUUUGCUACUAAAAUAUUGAAGCGCCAGAUAGAGGGACGUGAUCAAGUAAAAAGGUGCUGGACAAGUAAAAAGGUGCGGAGAUCAUUCUCUAAACUGACACUCAAUGUCGAUAUGAACUCUGAAAUAAAGAAGAUUACAGAGCGGUUGCAAGGGAUCUCUGAACGGAAAGAUGAGUUUGGUUUAAAGGACACUGGGACGUCUAGUAAAGCAUGGUCAAGGCCACCAACUUCGGGCGUGUUGGGUGGACUAACCGUUGUUGGAAGAGAUGGAGAGAAAGCAAAAAUAUUAGAAAUGUUGUCGAGCGAUGAGCAUAGUAAUGUCAGCUUUGAUGUUGUUGCCAUUGUUGGCAUGCCUGGCCUUGGGAAGACAACACUUGCUCAAUUUGCUUUCAACAACAACAGUGAUGUCAUGAAGGAGUUCGAGCUGAAGGUGUGGGUGUCUGUGUCCGGUGACUUCAACGUUGUAAGAGUGACGAAGGCAAUUCUUGAAUCAGUCACAUCUCAACCCGUUAAAGUAGAGGAGUUCAGUAAAAUGCAGCAUGAUUUGAAUGAGCAGUUAAGAGGCAAAAAGUUUUUAAUUGUUUUAGAUGAUAUUUGGAACAAAGGUGAUUUAUAUGAUCUGUGGACAAGACUUCAAUCCCCUUUUAGUGUUGGAGCACAAGGAAGUAAGAUAAUUGUGACAACACGUGACCUAAAUGUUGCAAAGAUUAUGGGAGCCACCGAAGUUCAUAACUUGGAGUAUAUGUCAGAUGAUAAUUGUUUGGAAAUAUUUGAGCAGCAUGCAUUUGUGAACAUUAACAAUGAUAGACCACCAAAUUUUGAGUUGCUUCAGAAAAAAAUUGCUGAAAAAUGCAGUGGAUUGCCCUUAGCAGCAAGAACUCUUGGUGGGCUUUUACGUCAGAAAGAAAUAAACGAAUGGGAAGAAAUAUUGAACAACAAAUUGUGGAAUUUAUCAGGUAAGAGUGACAUUCUUCCGGUAUUAAAGUUGAGCUAUCACUAUCUUCCUUCCAACUUGAAGAGGUGUUUUGCCUAUUGCUCAAUAUUUCCAAAUGACUAUGAAUUUGGGGAGAAGCAAUUGAUCCUUUUAUGGAUGGCAGAGGGUUUGAUUCAACAACCACCAGAAGCCAAUAGACAAAUGGAGGAUUUAGGGCACGACUAUUUUCAAGAGCUAUUAUGUAGGUCAUUAUUUCAAAAGGCAAGUGAAAACAAUUCACGAUAUGUAAUGCAUGACCUUGUUACUGAUUUGGCACAAUGGGCAGCAGGAAAUACUUGUUUUAGAUUGGAGGACAAGAAAGGUGAUAACUUCCAAUCUGAAUGCUUUCGUCAUUCGUCUUUCAUGAUUGGUGACUAUGAUGGAGUUCAAAAGUUCGAGGCCUUUCGCGAAGUUGAACGUUUGCGAACAUUCCUGCCACUUUCACUAUCAAAUACUUGGCAGACUAGAUAUCUGGCUCGUAAGGUAAUUUUUGAUUUAUUAACUCAGAUGCAAUACUUACGGGUGCUUUCUUUGAAUGGCUAUGAAAUAGCUCAUGAGCUGCCAGAUUCAAUUGGUAAUUUGAAGUAUCUGCGGUAUCUUGAUCUUUCUCACACAAGGAUAACAAGUUUGCCUGAAUCAACAACCACUCUUUACAACUUACAGACAUUGAUACUUGAAGAUUGUCGUUAUUUGAAGGCACUACCUAGAAACAUGAGGAAUCUAGUGAAUCUGCGUCAUCUCAACAAUUCAAAUGUAGUUUCACUAAAAGCAAUGCCUCUGCAACUAGGUCGGUUGACAAAUCUACAAUCUUUGCCUAAUUUUGUGGUGGGUAAAGGUAGUGAUGAAUCAGGGAUAAGAGAGAUUGGAUCCCUAUCCCAUCUCCGAGGGACAUUAUCGCUCUCAAAGUUGGAGAAUGUGAUUGAUGCUGAGGAUGCACGGAAGGCUGACUUAAAAUCCAAGGAGAGAGUAGAUGAAUUGGUGCUAGAAUGGUCGGAUAACACACGAGAAACUCAAUUAGGUGUGCUUGACAGAUUAGAACCUCAUAGAAUGCUUGAAAAACUCAUCAUCAGGGGUUAUGCUGGAUUAGAAUUUUCAACAUGGAUUGGAGAUCGUUUAUUCUCCACUAUGGUGCAUGUACGCUUAGACAAAUGUAAAAAUUGUCAAAUCUUGCCACCACUUGGGCAACUGCCUUUGCUCAAAGAACUUUAUAUUACAGGAAUGGCUGCAGUGAAAAGUGUUGGUCCUGAGUUUUAUGGGGAGGGUAGCUUGCCUUUUCCAGUACUAGAGACUCUUGUGUUUGAGGAUCAGGUUUUCCCUUGCUUGAAGUUUCUUUCAAUCAGCAAUUGUCCUCAAUUGGAGGGUAAGUUGCUCGAGAACCUUGAUUCAUUAGAAACACUUACAAUUAUUAAAUGCGAGGAAUUGGUGAUUUCAAUUUCCAACUAUAAACAAAUUGGUCGAUUAUGGAUUGAAGGCUGCAAAGCGGUGGUGAAGACAAGUGGGGUUGAGUUUGAGUUAUUAGAGUCCUUGGGACUUUCAUAUAUUUCAGAGGUGAGGUUCCAAAGAGGGGAAUUCACCAAAGGAUUAAGGAAGGUUGCAAAAUUGAGGAUUGGCGGAUGUGAGGAGCUGACAUCUUCACUGAAGAAUGAGGAUAGAGUAUUGCAAUACUUGAUUUCUCUUGAUCAUUUGGUUAUUAAAAGCAACUCUUCCCUCCUUGAAAAGCUGGGAAAAGAAGCAGAGGAGUUGCUGCAAUUGCAAAUAUUGACUUGCAAGCUUAAAUAUCUACAUUUAAACAAGUGUGCAAGUCUUUCGAAGGUACCAGAAGGGUUGCAUCACCUAACGGCUCUUCAACACCUUCAAAUUGUUGGAUGCUCAAAUCUGGUUUCUUUCCCAGAUGUUGGUCUGCCUCCUUCCCUUGAAGUCAUAUGGAUUCUGGGGUGUCAUUCGUUGCUGUAUUUCGCAAAAUACCGGAUUCCCCCAAAUCUAAGAAGAAUAGAGAUAUUUCAGUGUAAAAGUUUGAAAUCAUUAGUAGAGAAAGAGGAGGAUAGUUCUUCGUCUUCGUCUUCUUCUCAUAUUUCUCUUGAGCACUUGGGAAUAUCGAGAUGUGAAUCUCUAACGUCGUUAUCAUUGAGAGGCCAGUUGUUUCCCAGGGCGCUUAAAAGCCUUGAAAUAUUCUAUUGUAGAGAGCUGCAGUUAAAUGGGUUAGCCCACGACAACACUAAUUAUUGUCUUGAACGUAUUAGCAUCAAAUUAUGCCCAAAUCUGAAAUCGUUACCAGAGGGCCUAUGCCACCUCACCAAUCUUCAAACUUUAGAGAUUUUUGGUUGUGGGAGUCUGGUUUCCAUCCCGAGCCUGAGUGGUGAGGGUUUGCUUUCGCCAACAACAACAGCCGCCUCCAGCCUGAGACAAAUCAAAAUCGAAAAUUGCAACAAAUUGGAGAUGUUACCGGACAUGCGCAAUCUCAACUGUCUUUAGGAAUUGAAUAUUGGAGGAAUCAAGAAUUGUAAGCCGCUGUCGGAGCUGUUGCACAGGCUCACCUCUCUUACAAAAUUGUCCAUCAGUGGUGUAGACCCAAGUGUGGUUUCAUUUCCACCCGACAGUUACAGGGAGAUGGAUAUGGAGAUGCUGCUCCCCAAAACUCUCACUCGUCUCUCAAUUGGGGGCUUCCCAAAUCUGAAGAAACUGAGGAGCAAGGGCUUUCAAUUCCUCACCUCUCUUCGAUCUCUUCAACUCCAGAAUUGUCCAAAGCUGGCACAUAUUCCAGCGGAGGGGUUGCCUAUUUCACUGAGGCAACUUUAUAUCAGUCGGUGUCCUCUGCUAAAAGAUAAAUGCCAGCCUGGUAGUAAAGGACGAUACCUGCCCAAAAUAUCCAACAUCCCCCGCAUAGAAAUAAUGGAUUAGAAGACGGUUUGAAGAUGAUGAGAACCCACACCCACACAUGGGAGGACAUGGACAUGGUCAACUCCGACUCUCACUGUCCCCAGGCUUCCCAAAUCUAAAGAAACUGAGCAGCAAGGCCUUUCAAUUCCUCGCCUCUCUUCAAUCUCUUCGACUCCGGAAUUGUCCAAAGCUGGCAUCUAUUCCAGUGGAGGGCCUGGUUCUUUCACUUUCGCAAUUUUAUAUCUCUGGGUGUCCAAAGAUAUUUUGGGUCACAUCUUCAGGUCUUAUCUUUGGACGUUGGACGAUACUGGCCCAAAAUAUCUCGCAUUCCUUGCUUGGGUACCAUGAAAUAAGAAUGUCUUAUUAUUUUUCAGAUAUUCCUGUUUUCUUCAAUUUAGUUGGCACUUGCAAACAUGCCAUCAAAAUUUGAAUGGAGAACAUUUGAAAUAUAUAUAGUAAAAGAAAAUACUUCGUUUCUCACUUGGUUUGCCUUGUAAUAUUUCGUCAUCAGAAAACUUUUAGCCAUAUU